ACAUGACGUAACGGAUUCUGUCGGACUCAAAUGCCAGCAAGAUGACAGGCUCACCUCAUUAUUCUGUAUUAUUCUGUAUAAUACAUAAAAAUAAAUAAAUUAAAAUGUUUCGUUUAUUGAUUUGUUUUCAUGGUGGUUCUAGUAUUUUUUUACUUUGUUGGUUAUAACUACACUUACUAUAAGGAGAAUGUUAAAUCUACAAGUGUUCGUCAGUAUAUUUUUUUGUAUCUUUUUUCAUGCUGAUUGUCAAAAUGCCAAAUUUGAUGACUCGAUGCUAUAUGACAUAAGUUGGUCAGGACCUCGACGUUCUGGACAAAAUCUUGAUGUCAACAGUCAGCUGCUCAUAACAACUAAAGAUAAUGAACGUUACCAUUGUGCUUUGCCUGUAUUGCGUGAAGAUUUAAUGGAUGAGUACAGUCCAGGACCUGGUCCAAGUCCAGAGGAAUUAUUAAAACCAUUAACUGACAAUAUGAGGUGUUCAUAUAGGUUAGAUACAUAUUGGACAUAUGAACUUUGUCAUGGAUUACAUGUUCGUCAAUAUCAUGAUGAAAAACCAAUGAUGAGCUCAGUAGUGCAAGAAUACAUACUUGGCAAAUUAAAAAUUGCUGAUGAUGAUGAUCAACAAUUGACUGAUGAAGUAGUAGAAAAAGAUAGCACAAAAAAUAAAGUUUCAGAGAAACAAGUCUCGCCUCCUAAAAGGAACCUAAAUGGUCGUGAAGUACCUUAUUAUGAAGUGGUAAUGGAAAAUGGGACACCAUGUGAAUUACUGAAUGGGAAACCAAGAAAGACACAUGUCAUAUACAUGUGUAGACAGGACUCUCAUAAUGAGAUAAUAAGUGUGAAGGAAAUUCAAAGUUGUGUGUACCAAUUUGAGGUUUUUACACCUCUGUUAUGUGCAAGUGAUAUGUACAAAGUUAAAGAAGAUAUUAUUCACUCAAUUCGCUGUCAUUCACUUGAUGGCUCGCCAAGCGAACCUAUAAGUUAUACUGAACAUAUAGAAGAAUCUGAAGCUGAUAGACUUGGGUAUAGAGAGUACCAAUAUAUGCCUAUUGAAGGUGAAGGUGAAAAAGAUGUCUCUCCAUCAACGGAACAUCGUAAUAUGCCUGUACAGCCUGAUGAACAGUUGACACAAGAUUUUCUCAAUGGUAUCUAUUGUUUGCGUGGGGGUUCUGGUUGGUGGCUCUUUGAAUAUUGCCAUGGUCAACAUGUCUUGCAAUAUCAUAACGAUGCUCAAGGAAAGACCACAAUAUAUCUUGGAUUAUGGAACACUGAUGCACACAAAGAAUGGGUGAAGAAAAAUCCUAACAAACAAACUGACCAAGUGGUCACACAUUAUUAUAGCAAUGGUGAAAUAUGUGAUCUCACGGGAAUGGCGAGGACUGUACAAGUUAGAUUAAGAUGUAUGAAAUCAAAGCAUCUUCAAGAAGUUUCUAUUUUCUUACUGGAACCCAAACCAUGCAAAUAUAUACUAGGGGUUGAAUCACCCAUAUUGUGUCCACUCAUUACAAAGGCAAAUAGUGAUGGCUUAUUUCCUACAACACUUUGAUAUAUUAAAUGGAUAAAAGUUGUUUGAUAGUUUUUGAACUCUUCGAGUCUAACGUGAAAAGGUCACUCACACCUUUCCUCUUCUCUACUCUGAGAAUGGGAACAUAAUUAGCUGUAACAUAAGUGCCCACAAAAUCACCAUGGCUGUAAGCCUUAAGUCGCUCGCAAUAAUUAGUUCAUAUUUAGCCCCCAGUCCCCAGAUGAUGUAAUUGAAAGUUUACAGUCACAUAUUUAAAAUUUUUCCCUUGCGCAAAAAUAUUUUUUCACUUUUCAUAGUACUUUUGCACCUACGUUCCAUUGUUUUUGUGGUUAUUCUUUCUUUACGUAAACUUAUGAAAAUUUAAUGAUAGGAAAUUUAUGUUGUGUUCGUGGAAGCACAUCGUACUUUAAAUAAAGAAAGUAAAUAAAAA